CCCCUAGCGGAAUAUUCAAAAACUACUCUGUGCAAGGAUUUUUAUGGUGGAAAAAACGCGCUUCUCUUGCAUUUAUUUUCAUCCACUCGUAGCUUCGCGAAGUGUUUUCGAUUGAAAAUUUGCAUAAAACAUCAUGAUGGAUCUCACGUUGACGCAAAACUGGAUUCCACCUCCAUCAUCAAAGAAGGCUUUCAAGAAGGUCACAAGUGCCCAGAAGGAGAAGCUGGUGUCUCUCCUGGAGACACUGGUUAAUUCCAAUCCAAACAAAGUGCUUGGAAGCCGACGAUCUUGGGGAUCAACCUAUUACUGGGAACAUUUCUCAAGAAUUCUCAAUCAGAUGGAUGAAUCCCUGACACCUUUGGACAUCCCAAGAGUGGGCAGUGACUGGAGGAGGGUUUGGUACGGGAUGAACAGAGCGGCAAGACAGAAAAAAUCCAUGAUCAAGGUUCGUCAGGCUCAGAAUCUUACGCCCUUGUACACCCUCUCAGACGUCGAAGAAAGGAUCUUGGUGCUGUGGAAUGGACCAGGCUGGAACUGGAUGAAGGAGAAGAAGUCGUCAACUCAAGACACUCAGGGACAAAGUACAGCAAUGGAACCGAUGGAAGUCACGCAGACUCAACCAAAUAAUCUAAACCAUGUUGAGCAGCGUGCUCAGCAAAACCACCAGGAUUUGUUCGCGAUCAAGCAGAAAAUGGAGCAGAGGCUUGUGAACUACAUCCAGGGUAUGGCUGCAAAUGCUAUUACCCUCUCUCCGCGCCAGUGGUAAGCACGCCACCCUAAACAUUUUCCUUUUCUGGAAUUCAUACAGGAAAUUGAAUUCCCCUCAAAAGGAGUUCCCUUUUUCAAAUCAGAAUUUCAUGAUUUGAUUUUAAAGCUGGAAAAUUAAAAAAAAAUCAUUUUUAUCAUCCUAAAAAUACCUACACUACAACAAAAUGAAGUACAAUUAGAUUCAUAAAAACAUUCUCUGUAUUUUCUCAAUAAAAUGCAGUUUUUCAUUAACAAAA